GGGUGGGCUGUUUCAUAUGACAAGGCAACAGACCAACUUACAGAUUGACGUAGGUCUGCUAUACUUGAAUACACUGUUAGAUUAACAGUCAUGAUUCUAUGCCAAUGUGUUAUAACAUUGCGAGUAUGGCAUCUGUUUCCUCGUAGUCGCUUCAUCAGAUGGUUGGCAGUCACUAUUUUCACCGUUUGCUUGGCAGGAGGUGCAAUAUUUGACGCCAUCAAGUAUAAUGCAAUCAAAAGUGCCGCGAACACGAACAUAUUGGCACAGGGCCGUACAUUUUCAUUCAUCCUCUACCUGCCAGCCUUGGUUGUCCAUACGACUAUGUUCUUACUUACGCUGUAUCGCUUUCGCGUCACCCCCGAAACCUUGCAGCAACAUGGGAUGAUCCACCGAUUCGUCAAAGAGGGAAUGAUCUUGUAUUCGUUUGCAGCCGGAUCGCUACUGUACGAAAUCAUCAGUCUUUCUUUUGUUAGACCAGAGGACAUAUCCAAAUAUGGUUUAGGUGAUAUGGGAGAAAUAGCAAUGGCAGCUACGGCUGUCUCUAUCUGUCGCGCGAUGCUAAGCAUCCGGUGCUUGGCUGCAACUUACCAUGUCGAUCCGGCAUGGUUGCUCAACCAUGCAGAACUCAGUCGUGUCCAAUGGAGGAGAGGACACACUGAAGGAGAAAUCUACGUUGAAGUCGGCGAGAUGGAUGUGGUUCUCCCGUUCAAAUCUGCGGCAUUACCUGCUGGGAAUAUCGGAAGAGAAGACGAGGUGCAAAAUUAUACAUAACUUGUGUAUCUAGCACAUGAUUCCCUUUUUUUAUUGUAUAUAUAUCCAUUUAUGUCCAUUAACAUGAUUUCCUUGACCGACACAUUGUUGGAGAAGCAGUAAAAAUGAAGCCACAUGUAACUACACUCCUUUCGAUUUAAAUAGCUAGACUAGUGAUCAUAUAUUCAAGUUACCUUGCGGAGCCUUGGAGUGAUGCUGCACGGAUAGGGUAGCGGGUGACUAAAGAGGUCUUAUUAGUCGAGAC